AUGGCAAGUCUUCUCCGUUACUUGAUAGAUUCAUCGAAUGGUGGAAGGAACAAGCACAACCGUGGUCAUGUGAACCCCAUUAGGUGUUCCAACUGUGGAAAAUGCUGUCCUAAGGAUAAGGCGAUUAAGAGAUUCAUCGUCAGGAACAUUGUUGAGCAAGCUGCUAUUAGAGAUGUUCAAGAAGCCAGUGUCUACGAUGGUUACACUCUCCCUAAGCUUUACGCUAAGAUGCAAUACUGUGUCUCAUGUGCUAUCCACUCUCACGUUGUGAGAGUCCGAUCCCGCACCAACCGUAGGGUUCGUACCCCACCUCCACGUUUUGCUAGACGCAAGGAGGAUGCACCAAAGCCUGGACAGCCUGGUCAGGCUCCUCGCCCAGCUGGUGGUGCUCCUGCUGCUUCCCGUGCUUGA